AUGUCGCAAAGCAAAAUGCCUCAGUCGGGUACCUUUCCUCUAGUGGUGGAUGAAUCGGAGCAAAAGUUUAUGCCCGGCGCCUUGACGGACAAUGGCGAAUCGAAGCAGUCCAUGCACGCUGCGCCGCACCCGAUGGAUGCCGAGCUGCCCGCACACACCUGGUUUCACGAUACCAUGCCUAUGUCUAUGGAUGCACGGAACAAGGGCAUGUACGGCGUGCUGCCAGGACCAGGCUCCUCGACGACAACCAUGCCUGGCAUGUUUUCGCUGCGUGACAUGCAGACAAACCGGGAUGAGGCCAUGUUUCACUCGAUGAUCGAGGAGAACCACUGCGCGCCGCCUGCUGCUUUCGAGGCGAUGUCGAUGUCGAACAAUUCGUCGAAUUCCAUGAUGCAUCCCGCUUCUCAGGGGACAAUCUCGCAAGAGUCCAACAGCAUCGCGCCGGGCAUGCUGGAUGACUCGUCCCACCUUCAUCGUGCGGGCCCCAGCGCAGUUGCAGCGGGAAUGGCCGGUGCUGUUUCGGUUGCUGAUCCCGACCUUGGUACGUCGGCGAUGCACGUCAUCCGUCCGAACCGCAACCAGCUGCCCCAAGACAUGGAGAUCCACGUGCACGGUGUGCCGGCCACUGGCGCCAAGUCGCGCGUCGAGACGCAGAUCCGUAUGCGCAUUGAGCUUGUGGUGCGUGGCGCAAAAGUCGAAGAUGGCAACCCAACUUGGGAGCGCAUCGGCUCCUUUGGCCACAUCAAGGUGCCGCCGCUGAGUGGCACAAAGCGCAAGUCGAAGAAGCACCAGAAAGUCAACGUGCCUUCUGAGUCCCUGCUGCUGCUAGAGGCCGACGUCGUGAAUGCGACCCCCCCUCAUGCGCGCGUGUAUGUCUGCAACAGCUGCCGCGAGCGUGAGCGCAAACGUGCCCACCGCAAAAAGUCGAAGAAGCUCUCGGCGAGCGUCCACCCCACGGAGGAAGAGAUGCGUGCGCUGGACAUCAACCCCGAGCUGCCGAAUGCGUCGGAGCUCGCUGCCGAGCGCAUGGAGGAAGAGGAGCGCAAGCAUGCUGUGCUCUUCAACUGUGGCGACUACAUCGACUUCCACGACGGCGAGGCCGUCCUCUCGACGCGUAUCACCUGCUACUGCCGUCACCACCGGGAGAAGCUUGGUUUCCGCAUCGUCUUUACGCUGCGCGACAGCCACGGCGAGUUUGUGGCGACCGGCGCAACUCCACCGAUCAUGAUUAUGGACGAUCACAAGUCGGUUACGCAGUCCGCUGCCGCGCAACGCCCUGCGCGUCCCACGGAAGCGUACGGCCCGCCGCAGGUCGACUAUGGCUCGGAGGACUCGACGCAGAUGAACACGACGUCGCCGAAGGGUGUUUACAUGACACCAGCCGGUCUUGCGAACCGUGCGCGCGAGCGUCCCAAGCCCUACGAUGAACGUCGUCGCUUGCGUGGCGGAAAGGACCACAGCGCGAACGGUGCGCCGAUGGACCCGAGCAGCAUGUCGUUCCUCUUGGACUCGUCGCGCAACUUUUUGUGGAACUCGAUGCCAGGAGAAAACGGGCGCGGCACUUCGCCUGCGACGUCGACCUCAUCGAACGUCAUGCCCGACGCCCUCAAUGCCCAGCUCGGCUCAGUGUCGCCUGCAUCAGUCGCUGACUCGGCGAAUAUGCUUGCGACACCGCUGUCGAUCGACAUGCUUCCGCCGAACCACAUGUCCGGCAUGGCGAUGGACCCACUCUUUUCCUCGCCGCCGCAAGAGCGGAACGAAACGCUUCCCGCGCUCGAGACCCCAGCUCCGGCCUCGGAUGCGUCUGUGCCGCACAUCACCAAGAUGAUUCCUGCCGAGGGACCGACGACGGGCGGUAUCGAGAUUACUGUACUGGGCGAAAACUUUACCGAAGGCCUUCAAUGUGUCUUCGGCGACACGCCGAGUACGUGUACGCGUGUUUGGGCGAGCACGACGCUCGUGUGCCUGCUUCCCCCCCGUUUCCGCCCCGGGCCCGUGAUCGUCAGUCUGCAGCAUGGCGCACCCACAUUGGGCUCGCCGGUUCCGAACCAGCCGCUGCAGCUCUUUACAUACAUCGACGCUACAGAUCGUGCGCUGAUGGAGCUUGCGCUGCAGGUUGUCGGCCUACAGAUGACGGGCCAGAUGGCGUCGGCACGCGACGUGGCGAUGCGCAUCGUCCACUCGUCGCAGGGCGACAGCUCUGGCUCGUUUGACUCCAAGGCGCCCCAGGCCCAGGACGAGGGCGAGAUGCUCAACGUGUCCGAGCUGCUUGCAUACGGCCUGCGUCUGUGCGCACAGCGCAACGCGCCGCGGUCGAGCAUCCAAGACUCGAUCCUCGGUUUCUUGAGCUUGAUGGACGUGGAGCUGGAUUCCGCCGACCUGCCCAAGGACUGUGUUCCCUGCCACGAUGCGAUCCAUGCGUGCAACGCGCAAGGACACACGCUGCUUCACCUUGCUGUGCUCUUGAACUACAACCGCCUUACGUCCGAUCUGCUGAAGCGCGGCUGCCCGAUCAAUGCACAGGACGUGAACGGAUUUACGCCGCUGCAUUUUGCUAGCUUGCACGGCUCGCUCGCAAUCACGCGCCUGCUGCUUGACCACGGUGCCACGCCCUAUGUGACCAAUUACCAAGGCUUGCGGGCUAUCGACGUUGCGCGCCGCUCGGACAUGAUCGACACCGAGCAAAUCCUGGCCGAAUACAUGGCCGAGUCCAACGACGAGCCGGGUUACUCGGAUGCGAGCGAGUCGGAGUCGGAGGACGAGGAGGAGGAAGAGGAGCGGACGCCGACGUCUGUGACUCGGGCCAUGUUUGAACAGGAUGACGAAGUCUCGGAUGCUGAGUCGGAUGCGUCUGAAGAUGCUGGCAUUUCCUUUGCAGAGCUCGCCGCACUUCAGCGGGCUGCUCAGACGUCUGAGGACGAGGAGGCGACGCCUAGCUCGUCGCCGCGGAAUAGCUGGCACUUUGGCCUGCUUCGACGCAUGAGCCCCAAGGCGAUCCGCGAUCGCCACGACUCUUGGCUCGGCUAUGAUACACCGAAAAGCGAGAACAAACCGGCGAUGCUCACCGAGAGCGCGGCAUUCGAUAAGUCGUCGAAUGCGCCAACGACCCCGCCGCAAAUCCAGUCGCCGCCGCCCACGUACGACGAGGCGACGCUCGACGACGAGUCGGGCACAUCGCGACACGUCCUCGGUGAAAAGCUCGUCACGUCGCAGGAGGGCGCGCGCUUGCGCGAGCGUAAGCGUACAGACGAAGCUCGGACGCUCAAGCUGCAUGGGAGCGCCUCGGGUUCGCGUCUGCGGCAGCGCACUCGCCGCACCGCCAAGGAGGCUACGGACGAGGCGAACCCGUACGUUAGGCAGCGCCUGGGUGUGUACGAUGAUCAUAUGCUGCUGUGGUUCUGGAUCCCAGCGAUGAUCGCAGUCUUCCUUUUGACCGUUGUGCUGAACAACGGCUCAUUCUUGUCUCAUGACACACCGACGGUACGCGUCGCGUCUGUAUCCACAUAG